ACCAAGAGAAGACAAGUCGAAGAUGGCACCAAAAACGCAGAAGGAAGCAGAAGCUGAGGUCAGAGGGUGGGGGUUCAACCACGUAUUUACGUGGACGGACCGGCCCGGCGCCCAUUAUCCGCCUCAUACGCAUUCCGGCAUCACCACACACCUGGUUCUACGAGGCAGCCUUGAACUGAGCUAUCCUGAUGAUCCAAGUCCAAAGAAAGAGCUCUGCCGUGUUGGCGAUAGAUUCGAUGUCGAUGCAAAUAGACGACACGAGGUCUGGGUUGGCAAGGACGGUGCGACCUAUGUCAUCGGAGAAUGAUACGUGCAUUGCUUGCAUGAAAGAGAAGGACUUUCUUGGCUAGAGCUACGAUUGAAGCUGGUCCGAGUACCUUCGUCGUAUUCUAGAGAUAGAAUCGCGAUCGUCGGGGCAGUGGUCGAAGUAGAGGGAGCAUAACAGACCCCGGUAGAUCUGCUUCUCAAAGCGGUCCGACGGCGCGACAUUUAGACAUCUCCAGCGCAAAGCAUGGUGUAUGCCCGAAGUUUGAUGAUUUGACGAGUCGGAAAGGGUGAAGGUAUCGACUAACUUUUUCCGACCACAAAAGUUUGAUGACAUGCUUGCGAACUUAGCCAUCUGAAGUGAAUGCGAAGAAACGUCCGAAUCAGUGCAG